AGCCGAUCAGGUCUGCCAGCGCCGCAUGAUCGGACGGGCCUCUCUGGGACCAGAUCAUAGUUUGAAGAUGUCAUACCUGCUGGCGAGUAUGAGCUCGAAGGCGUAGGGAGGUCUCGCGAGCCGCUGCGCCGUAUGCACUUCCUACCCAAGAUAGGCUCGGUUCUCCCACCCAAGCCAUGCAGCAGUCGUCGGUCGCAUUGCCUUGGCUGCCGCCUCAACUCAAUGGUGAAUCGAGAAUUCGAAGGACGGACACGGACACGGGCCCGUUCGCCCCACCCCCGCCAUCAAAGCGCAAUCUCUGGUAUAUGGAACACAAGCGAAGCGACUCUCAUCAGAGUAAACAGCAGCAGAGCUCUGCUGCCUGUCCACGCGAGGUCCAGCGCAAUCCGCCGCUUGCUCUGCAAGGUGACACAGGAUCGCAACCAUGCACCUUCCUUUUAGCUCCCUAUUCACGAUUAUAUACAAGUCUCAGCCCCUAAAGUCUGAUCUUACGAGGAGUCAUCAACCCCUCCUACGACUUCCCAUCUUCGGGGGCGUCCUGCCAUUGACGACUAGUCUUCCUUACUUCACCGCAUGCAUGGCACAACGGUCGCCUCGCUUCUCGACCGGUACAGGCGCUCAAGCGUGGGUAAAGAAAUCACCUGAACACAGCCUUGGCCAGGCGCAGUGUAGCUCCACUCGAUCAAGCAGCGACGCUUUGACAUAGGACAAAACAGCUUUCUGGCUCGCACUCGGAUGGACUGAACCUCUCGGAAGCUUUUCUCACUCACUCGUGCUGGUAGAUACCAAACCCAGCUGCCCGCGUGAUCAGCUUUCGGAUAUUCCACGCAUUUUGGUGCUCUCACCUGAUAUCGCGAAUGAAAAGCGUCGACAAGGUACAAGAAGGGAGGUCUUCGAACUGAUCUCCUUCUCCCCCGCCAAUCGCACACGCAAGUUCUGUCGACACAAGGAGCCUUUUGACCACUCGACACGAUUGCCACUCUCAGCGCAUCAGACUCGGGGAUUCGCUCGCUGCUUUCUGUCCGGCUCAAUCGGGCUCCUUCGCAACUACUGCUUGACAACUUUCGGGCCUGAACUCGACGACGGCCACCAAGCUGAAUUGGCUAAUCCUCUUCGCCGAACUCUUGUCGCUCUAGUCAU